UGAUCACUUUGUUCUUUCUCAUCUUCUCAUCUCUGAACAAUCUGAUCUUCGAUCACUUUGUUCUUUCUCAUCUUCUCACCUCUGAAUCUCUGAACAAAAUCUGAUCUUCGAACAUUGCUAACAUUAAUUUGAUUCUGCAUUUGUUUUUCAUUCUUUUUUUUCAAUCUCUCACUUUUCUGAAUCUCGCUUUGUUUGUUUCUUUGUUGCAGAUUUCAUUCAUCACCAUUACUAAUGGAUUCCCGUUACCCUUUCCAACAACGCCGUUCUCAGGAUAACUUGGAUAGGUUUAUUCCGAAUCGAUCCGCCAUGGAUUUCGGUUACGCCUACUACAUGCUGACGGAAGGUCGUAAGGAAAACAACAACAUUUCGGUUCCAGAGGCCAUUUCACCCUCCAGACAAGCCUACCGCAAACGCCUUGCGGAAGCAUGUAACCUCCAUGAAAGAACUCGAAUUCUAGCUUUCAAGAACAAGCCUCCUCCAUCACGGUCUACACAGAUUCUCUCACCACCACCUCACUCCAAACCAAAACCAUCCAUUCCUAAGACAUGUCUCAGAACCUUGGAUGCCCCUGAUAUGUUGGACCACUUUUCCUUGAAUUUACUAGAUUGGGGUACAAGCAAUGUCCUUGCAAUUGCCCUUCAGGAUACCGUUUAUCUGUGGAAUCAUUCAAACAGUUCCGUUUCGGAACUUGUCACUGUCAAUGAGGAACAUGGUCCUGUUGCAAGUCUUAGCUGGGCCCCUGAUGGUCGCCAUUUAGCCAUUGCUUUGAACAAUUCCCAUGUCCAGAUUUGGGAUUCCGCUGCUAAUAAAAAGCUAAGGACAUUAAAGGAUGGACACAGAGCAACAGUGGGUUCAUUGGCUUGGAACAAUCAUAUUCUGACUACAGGAGGAAUGGAUGGUAAAAUAUUUAACAAUGAUGUUAGAGUGAGGUCUCCCAUUGUUCAAACUUACAGGGGACACAACCAGGAAGUUUGUGGACUCAAGUGGUCACCCUCAAGACAACAAUUGGCGAGUGGUGGAAACGAUAAUGUUGUCCACAUAUGGGAUAGGUCCAUGGCUUCUUCGAAUUCACCUACUCCGUCCCUUCAUAGAUUCGAGGAACACAGAGCUGCUGUCAAGGCAUUGGCUUGGUGUCCUUAUCAGGCUAAUCUAUUGGCUUCUGGAGGAGGUGACGGUGAUCAAUGCAUUAAGAUGUGGAACACACAUACAGGUGCAAGGGUGAAAUCUAUUGAUACCGGAUCGCAAGUAUGUUCUCUGCUAUGGAACAAGAACGAGCGUGAGUUUCUUAGCUCACACGGGUUCCCUCACAACCAGCUUACCCUUUGGAAGUAUCCUUCCAUGACAAAGAUGGCGGAGCUCAACGGUCACACCUCAAGGGUGCUGUAUAUGACGCAGAGUCCAGAUGGGUGUACCGUGGCAUCUGCAGCAGCAGAUGAGACUCUUAGAUUUUGGAGUGUUUUUAAAGGCCCAGCAACAGACAAAGAUAACGAGCCGUUUGCAAAUUUCAACCUUAUCCGUUAAAGAUUAAACCCUCACAUAAGCUUUGCAAACCCUGCAAUAUCUAAAGUUUCAAGAAAUGUCUUUAGCUUCAAGAGGAGGAUCUGGAAAAACAGGUGUCUCAUCAUCACAGUCUCAGCCACAACCUUCUGGUUGUGCUUGAAAAAUAGGGAAGCAUGUUUAGUUUUUUAAUAUUAUUUACUUAUUACUCUGCUUUUUUAAACUUAUUAUGUUUUUUUUUACCAAUUUUUCAGUUCAACUAUGUUUUUUGAUUUUUUGGAGUCAUAUAUGACUUAUAUGUCACUAGUCAAUGGCUGAGUGAGAAAAUAUAUUUUGUUCCGUUCGUUUUAAAGAAACUAUCUAAACAGAUUUUGGUAAUAGUCGACAGUUAUUGGAAUACAUAUAUUUAAAUAUUUUUGAAGCUGAACUGAAUUAGCUAUAUUCUCUAGCUAAACCACACUGAAAACAUUUUGUAUUCAUAUUAUUCGAUACAAUUCACAUAUUGCAUUCAUACUAUUCGAUGCAAUUCAAUUGCAUUCUCUAUUUCCUUGCCUUCUUAAUAUUCUGAUUCUGAUUCAAAGCAGAUUGCAUUCUUAAUAUUCUGAUUCUGAUUCAAAACAGAUUGCAUUCUUAAUAUUCUGAUUCUGAUUUGAUUUAUCACUGAUUGCAUUCUUAAUAUUCUUAUUCAAAACAAUGUAUUAAGGAUUAUCUUAUUGGAAGUUGACUAAUUUUUCUUUUCUGUAAUUUGAUUACAGAUGUUAUACUGAAUUCAUUGAUGGUUUUAUGGAGACUUCCUACACUGCAGUUUUUAGAUGGCUAUCCUACCUUCUUAAGAGUUUUUAUUUAAUGUAAGGUCCUCUAUAGAUAAAGAGACCUACUCAUUUUUGUUGCUUCUGAUGUUGCAGAUAUUUGGAGUUUUGCCCCUGUUGGCAUCUGACAAAAAUUGCAGGUUCGGCGAAAACACCUUUAACCCUUGAAUCUUGAUUUUCUUACUUAAUUACUAUGUAACAACGUAUGGUUAUCCAUUAUUCUUAGUGAAAAAAUUUAUAUUUAUCAAACAAUUUUGUCUCAAGAGUCUAGAUAGAUGUAUGAACCUCUUGGCCAAGGAACCGUCCAUUACAGCUCAAGGAGUCCUCACUGUGAAAGCUACAUUUACUAUUAUUAUUAUUAUGUUGAUUAAUGUGACUAUUUGUACUGUCAGUUUAUUACAACAACAAUAAUAGAAGAUUGAUGAUUUAAAUGAUUUAACUAAUAAGACAUAUGUUCCAUUUUUCACUUUAAUCUCUGUAGUUACUUUUGUUAUUACUAUUGAGAUUGCAGUUUUAGGUUUGGACAAAUUCAAUUUUACAAUGAGUAAGAAAUUUUCUGAAAAGUGCGAUUAUGAAUGUAUGAGAGUUCCUAAAGAUUUUAAGCUGUAUGAGAGUAAGAAAUUUUAAAUCCUUUCACCAUAAUCAUCAACGGGUAAGAAAUUUGGUCUCUUGAUAAAACAUUGAUCUUUUCAAGCUUAUAUGAUUUUCGCUGUCUUGUGAUACAUCUUUCUUCUUUUCUGGAUUUUUACUUUUCUUUAACAUUGUUUCAUGACUUUGUGUUUAUUUGUGUUCUUAAACAUAUUUAUUCAAGUUGUUUGUUUUAUUUGUGUGAAAGACUGUGUUGGUUGUUCAUUUGUGUUGUUAAAAGUAUUGUGUGUUUUGUGUGUAAUGCUAUUGUGUGUUUACC